AUGAGUCCGACCUUCUCAUGCGACUGUUGUAAGGAGAAGGGGAGUACGACAAUAGGGCCCGUGGUAAGCGUUUAUUUCACCUUAAGACGAAGUUUUUGCUGUAGAGUACUCUUUUUUGAACCAAAUUUAUUUCUUAAGAAGGCAUGAUUCUUCCAAAUGUCAAUGUGUUACAGAAUUUUGUUUUCAAAUGACAGUUUUUGUCGUGGGCAUUUCAUUUUCUAAUGCUACUUUUGACGGCUUAAAACAUUCAGAGGCGUAUCUGUAGGGUGUUAAAGUAAACUUUCAUGAUGCUUAACGCAAAACAGAUGGAUAUACACUGCUAGUGGCAGGUAAGACGUUAAACCAACAAGACUGAAGACAGUAUAGUCUGAUUAGUCCUAAAAGCAGUCGCUCUCAGCGGCAACAUUUUGCAUUCUGUUAUUCUAACUCCUUGGAAAAUGUUUCUGGUUGCUGUGGAGUGCUUGCAUGCAAUAUGUGAACCGAAUUCUUGGUGAAAAAAGCUGAGAACUCAAUUCCCGUAGACUUCCGUACAGUAGGUGCUUGCUCAUGAAAUGUUAUCUGAAAUUCUGAAAUACGUUUUCAUUUUGAAAAGAUAAGUAGGGCUUUUAAAUUAACCAUCUUCCGACAUAUUGAUAUAACAAUUUUAUUACCUCAGGAUGCCAACUUUCGAACGAACAUCUUUUGAACCACAUGUACAAACCACACUCUGUAAAAAGCUACUACUUAGGUGGCAUGAAUUUUUCCCAUCGGUUUUCGAUGUCCUUAAAAAUUCAAUUAUAUUUCAUAGAAAACAUGCUUAAAAUAUUCAUUGUUUUACUUAUUCGGUAGAAAAUUACGUCUUCUUUAAAUUUAUAUGCGAAGGAAGGGUAGAAUUCGGUUUUUAAAAGGUUUCUAAUCAUGAGAUUUUUUAAUACCAUGAAAUAUCCGUUCAUAAAACAUCGUGUCUCUGCAUUUACUAGUUUUGCCUGUAAGUUUACGAUAUGGCUCAAAUCCACUGAAAAAUUUUCUGAACCCUUUAUGAUCUACAUUUAAUAUUUUAGAGAAAUAUAUGGUUUUCCGUACGCGGGAAAUAAACGACUUGUAGUUCGGAAACCCUGCACAAAAGUGUAAUGGCAGGUCGGGCUCAAAAUUAUUCAAGAAUUGGAAAAGUUUUUGAAAACAGAAUUAUACCCUUCCUUCGAGCAUAAAAUUAGAAGGAGGCGUAGUUUUCUACCCAAAGAAUAAGAGAACGAAUUCUUUUAUAUAUGUUUUCCAUAAAAUACAAUUGAAUUUUUAGGGACGUCGAAAAUCAAUGGUAAGAACCCAUGCUAUUUAAGUAGUCAUUUUUUAUAAGGUGUGAUUUUUCAAGCGGCCGGAAAGAGAUUCCUUCGGAAGCCGGCAUCCUGGAGUAAAUGAAUUAUUGUAUCAUAAUGCCGCAUGAUGGUUAGUUUGAAAACCCCGCCUAGGUAAUCUUUUCGAAACGAAAAUGCAUUUCAGAAUUUCGGCUAACAUUUCAUGAGUUAGCACAUCUACUGUGUGCGUUUUGAACCAGGCGGUGCGAUGGUAGGGGGUUUCCGCUGCGCUCAACGGAACCACAGAUGCCUUAAGUAACUUUGAUCAACUCCUUGCAAAAGCUUGCAUGCUUUGGACACGUCCUCACAGGUUUCUUGUUAACAUUACGUAGGCUUCCGAUUAAUGAAUUAUUAAUUUAGGGCAGGCGCAGACUGCACUGACUUAUUUUAGGUGAUGUCUAGCCCCAGUCACAUGUUAUUUGCUGAUUCGUGGUCUGUAGAGUCGUGUUUUGUUAUUUUCAUAUUGGUAAUUUCUAGAUCCAUUCAUCUGGUUUGCAAGCAAGUCCUUAAGUCUGGUACUUUCCUGUACUAGACGCUGAAUUUUCUUCCAACGAUGUGAACCAUUCACCCAAAGGGGUAAAUUGACUCCUCGGAUGAUUAGUCACUUGUUUAUGUGUCUUUGAUCUGUUACCUACACCCAGAAUCAGACGAACUGACCGGGGAUGUGGCUCCGGCAUUGAACCUGGGAAGUGGAGAGAUUGUAAUCACGAGCUGGGCGAAAUUCAAAAGAGAAAACACUGGCAUCUUGUCAUCAACUGACCCUAAUUCAUUGCUGUUGUUAUUCAAAACCUUACCGAAGUCCAUGCUUCAAUGCACUAUUUACCAUGAGAAGGGGAAACCGCCAGCAAGAAUAUCCGACUGGCACGAUUUAGAUGUAAUUAAGCAGAUUUUGCUAGGUCAGAAUGCUUUUGCGAAGAAAUACCACAAAGACUCCGCGGUGCCUCGACGGGCGUGAAGACAGAGGAAAAAGCAGCGCUCCAAGGCAAACUGGGAGUUCUUUUCAGUUAGGGGCCCGAGAAUCAACUCCUAGGAGGUGCCAGUCUUUAAGUUCGACACAUUUCUUCUCCCGAUGUAAAGCCGCCUCCAAGUCGGGACAUGUCUCUUACCUCUGACCCCUGCUCUCCAUCAAGAUAAACGCGUUCUCAUAUUCAGUCAUUCUAGUGGCCUCCACCGGCAAAUAUGAUCGUAACUGUGUUGUUAUUAGGAGAAUAAUGGGAGUUACGUGCUUUAGAUUCAGGUAACAGCAUCGUUGUCAUACCUACUGACAAGUGUUCUAUAGGUGUCAUCGCACCCAGGAACCUAAUUUUUGGUCAAAAGAAGCUGGAAUCUCAUUUUUCUGAGAUUUACAUCACAUGACACGGCAAAACGAAACUUGGCAGCGUGUGGUAGAUCAGGGGAUGUGGCGGUACGCUUAAGUGCGGGGUUUCAUCCUGCGCCCUCUCCCGCAUCCGGCCUUCUUGACUCUGUCUUGAUAACGGAUUCGGAUGGAUGAGGAAGGGAGUGUGCGCUAAGUGCCGCGUAAGCCUGCUAUUCCUUUAAACUAACUCACGAGCAAGUCACCGUUCCUGCUGAAGGGCAAACUAUGGACACCGUCGGCCACUGUCGCAACACCUCACACAUUUACGGUAACGACAAUUACUGCGAAUUCCUCCAAUGAAUUUGAGACCUUGACAUCGCUUUACCUGCAAACUACCACCUGUGUUGAUCAUUUAAUGUUCAGCCCAGUGCCGGUAGGGUGGAUGCAUCGGCAUCGAAACACACCACGUGCUGUGAACUUAACAAUCAUUGCUGACCAAAGGGGAAAGUUCGGCUGCCGCUACGGCAAGCUGACCACGUUUCCGGUCGUUCGGACCCGGUUUUGCCUCCGGAACUAGGCGGAUAAGAGAGGAGAGAGUGCGGGAGACGCUGUGCUAGUCUUCUACCACUACAAACUGAUCCACGCGCAAAUUACCGUCCUGCACACACCACGCUGUACAGCCCACGGUGGACAUCAUCGGUCGCGAAGGCCGAAGUAUUAUGCAUUUAAAUCUCAGGGAGUGAUCAAUCUCGCCAACCUCCGGUAUGGACGCAAGGAGGAAGCCCAGACUCCCGUGGGAGCUACAUUUCACGUUAUGAGGACUUGUCACUGUGGGAGGACAUCGUCGCCAGCGAUGAUCGAGCCGUAGCACUCCUCACACCGAUCGCAUGAUAUAAACUGGGAAGAUGAUCGUUACUUACCCUGCGUGUAUUAGAUCUUCGAUGACAGCAUAACUUAAAUCAUAUUUCUAAAAAUGGCACAUAUUUCUGGAUUUUUUUAUUUUUACUCAGAAUACGUCAUCAUUCGGUCGUUUUACUUGAGAAGCUAUUUUUAAAUGUUUGUACUUCUGGUGCCCGCAAGACACACAGUGUGAUCCGCGUUCAUGGCAAAGUACCGUUAUGCAAAUAGACUUCAGAGAAUACCAUCAAUGUAUCGUCUAGAACCCUCAAGAACAAAUAAAAAUCUGACCUCGUUUUCGGAUAUAUUCCUAUUAAAAGUGUCCAUGGCGAGGUUUGGUUCUUCAGCCCCACUCGAUUAAUGCCAUAUGGUUGGUUUAUUAAAGCAAUUUUAGUUAAUGUACCCAACUUAGCCAUUCGUUGGGCUAGGAAGGGAAAGAGAGCGCAUGCAGAGCUCGAAGCAGGUGAAGGGAAGCGCAUGUGAAUUGAUAUCGGAAGUAACCGAGGUUGGUGUAUAAGCACACUUCCCCCUUGGCACAGUCAUUCACUGGAUUAAAAUGGUAAGGAAGAUGCAAAGACGUGGUAUUUAUAAAAUCAGCUUAUUCUCAUUUACCAGAAUUAUUUUAGAAAGUUAACCAUAUGGUAUCACGGUAAGAUCCUAACAUGCAGCCAUGCAUGCAAAAUUAAUACUUAAUCCAGCGAGUGAUUCGGCACGAAACCGAAGGUGCUCAGUUUACUUUCUAAUCCAACGAGUGGCUAGGUACGAACACAAUGUGUUUACUUUAUUUUCUGAUCCAGCGAGUGGCUAGGCUACGAAACUAGAUGCGCUUACCUUAUUUUCUAAUUCAACGAGUGGCUAGGAUGUGAAUCGAAUGUGUCCACCUUAUUUUCUAAACCACGGAGUGGCUAGGCUACGAAACCGAAUGUGUUCAGUUAACGUUUUAAUCCAGCGAGUGGCUGGGCUACGAAACCGAACGUGUAAACUUUACUUCCUAAUCCAGCGAGUGGCUAGGCUACGAACCCAAUGUGUUCACUUUAUUUUCUAAUCCAGUGGAUGGCUGGGCUACGAAACCGAGUGUGCUCAAUGUACUUUCUAAUAUAGCGCAGUGGCUAGACCAGGUGCAUCCGUGUCUGCGUUGUGGAUGGUUUUCCUGCACGCCUUUACCUACGCCGUGUCCUUGCGCUCGCGCUUCCCAUUGGUCGACUAGAUCUCCUGCGCCCACUCAUGCGUAGCGGUUAGUUUUCACCUCAUUCAACAUUUCGUCGUGCUUCACUCUACGGCUUUUCUUUUUAAAUUUCCGUGGUCCAAUUUUUGGCGUGUACGAUGGCCUCACCCGUAUACUCCGUCUCACCACCAUCCCCGUAUUGUAGGCAACUGGGGUAGAGCUGCUUGGCUGUACUUGGACCCUUCCCUUGUUGGCGUAGGUUUCAUUUUCACUACGGCUGCCGAGUUUUCCACAAUCGAGUCAACUGAAUCAUUCAACUACGCCAAAGGCACCUAUUAUUUUAAAAAAAAAACAUUUUAAAACCAAGUCUCCCUUCCUACGAGUGGGAGUUUUAAAUAAAACACAAUUUUCUGUAGACCGCGUGAGAUAGCUGAUUAUCUUCUAUGAAGCCGUAUUAAGCGUAUGUAAAACCACUGAAAAUAAUAGACACUUUUUGUGCAGUAAAUUUUUCAAAGGCGGUUUAUUCAGUAAACUGAGAAGAUAUUCACUUAGAGAUUAUUCAGAAAAAUUCUGGUCGGAAUUUCAUGGGUUUUCGGGUUAACUGUAAGUCUUUUCUGUUAUCAUAUUAUCUGUUCAUCUAUGCAACCCCUUAGGCAGUGAGACCCGAUCGAACCUUUAAAAAAUGUUGACUAUCGCGAAAUUCCUGAGCGAAGACUCCGCUAUGAGAACUUGUUUUGAACUUUAGGUUUCUGGGGAUGACAUAUAUACAGGAAACCUCCUUUGAAAUAUGAUGGCAUAUGAUCAACCAAGCCUAAGUUGCAUAACAAAGAAGGACUAUACACAAUAGCUACUGAGUGGUGUAUGUUUGAAAAACUGCGACAAGUCCCACAUGGUUGCGGUUGUGGUAAUGUUUGUCAUUUAUCAAUGUCAUUUAUGUCAUCGCCAAAUCAACUAACUGAUGUCUUUAACUGGACCAUUAAUCAAGAGGAGCCUUCAGGCGCCACUAUGAUGCAAUCCUUGUGUCCCAGUUUAUGACGGCAUAAAAGUUGAUAACUUCGAUGCUAACUGUCAGUUUAACACUGACUAACCCAGGGAACCCGUCAAGCUCGCUCAAAUCUGUCGUCUAACUUAGGUAAGUGGUUGCAUCCCAAGGCACAGCCAGAAUUUCCAGUCAUUCAUACUUUAGUUUCAGUAUGUACUUUUGGACCCAAAUUAUCAUUUAUUAUUCCUCAUAUUUAUGUGGAAAAAUUUACUUCAAACGGCACUGCAUGUUUACGCAAAUUUUACUGGACGACUGACAACAUCCCGCCGAAGUAUUUCACACGGAGUCAGCCUAACGGUGAAGUGAAAAACGUCUCAAUGAAUGAAAGUUGUUAGUUUGGUUAUUGCGAACGCAGUCCAAAAGCACUUUCGUCAGAACAGCCCAGGUUGAAUACCAGGCAAAUGCACUAUCUGCCUAGCGUGCAUUCAUUUGGAUUUCAAUGCCACCGUAAAUUCAAUUAUAUUGAUCAUGAAGUAUGUCUAACAAUUUAGGUUCCUACGUCCACUGUGUGUGUAAUUGAGUUACGCUUAAGCUUUGAACUUGAGACAAGCGAGUAAUUGUUUUAAACGUGAAUACGUGUGAGAACAGUCCAUAUAAAUAACUAUCCUCAGACUUAUUUAUGGUGAUCAGAAACCAGGCAAUGUGAUUCGCCUUUAUUACAUUAUUUGAUGAGCAACGACAGACUAUAUUGCAGAGGCAUUUUAGUUUAUGCAAAUAGGCUCCAGAGACAGUGUUUAAUAUUUUGUUGCAAAACCUCAGGAAAAAAUGAGUAAAGUACGUUAUUCUCUGUUUGAUUUAAGGUAUGACUGAGUGUACACGUACAGUAGGUGUGCUAACUCAUGAAAUGUCAACCGAAAUUUCGAAAAGCGUUCUCGUUUCGAAAAGAUUAAUUAGGCAGGGUUGUGAAACUAAUCAACACGCAGCAUAAUUCUAUAAUGAUCCAGUUACCACAGGGUGUCGGCUAUCAAAUGAACUUAUUUCCGACUGCAUGCAAGAACUAUACUCCGCAAAAAUGACUACUUAAGUAGCAUGCAGUUUUCUCAUUGAUUUUCGACGCCCUUGAAAAUCCAACCAUAUGUCAUGGAAAACAUGCAUAAAAACAUUCAUUCUUUUACUGAUUCGGAAGAAAAUCGCGUCUUCUUCCAAUUUUAUUCUCGAAAGAAGGGUAUCAUUCGGUUUCAAAAAAGUUUCUAAUUGUCAUAUUUUUUAAUACCGCGAAAUGGCCGUUCAUAAGACGUCAUGUAGCCUGUAAAGCUAACAAUAUUGCUCAAAUCCACUGCUUAAUUUUAUGAACCCAAUAUGGUCUUCUCUUAAUACCAUAGAGAAAUGCAUUGUUUUCCGUACAGGUAAAAUAUACGGCUUGCAGUUUUGAAACCCUGAAUGCAAGUGUGACGGCAGGUCGGGUUCAAAAUAAUUCGGGAAUUAGAAACGUUUUUUUAAAACCGAAUUUUACUCUUCUUUUGAGUAUAAAAUCGAAAGAAGACGUGAUUUUCUACCGAAUAAGUAAAGGAAUGAAUAUUUUUAUGCAUGUUUUCCACGAUAUGUAAUUGAAUUUUCAAGGGCAUCGAAAAUCAAUGAGAAAAUUGCAGACUUCUUAAGUAGUCAUUUUUUGCAGAGUAUAGUUCUUGCAUGCAGUCGGAAAUAAGCUCAUUCGAAAGCCGACACCCUGAGGUAAUUGGAUCAUUAUAGACUUAGGCUGCACGAUGAUCAGAUUUGCAACCCUACUUAAUUAGUCUUUUCGAAAGGAGAACGCAGUUCGAAAUUUCGGUUGACAUUUCAUGAGUUAGCCCACCUACUGUAUACAGGUCAAAAUGCCGAAAUGCCUAAAUGUGUUCUGGAACAAGAAAGACUGCCCGCGAGGAGUUGUCAUACUGAUAAGCACACGACGAAAGCCCAAGCUUAAUCAGUCACAACAGGAUGCCGUAUUUUAAAUGUGCCUCUUUCUAGCUACCUGCAAAAGCCACACCUGGUGAAUGGUGACUACUUAAACAAUGUAUUUUUUUCGAUCGGGGCUCGAGUCCCCUACAAAUUCAAAUAUAUUUUAUAAAAAUGCGUCCAAAAAUUUCCUUUCUUGUACUCAUUUUAUGGAACAUUACGCCAUCCCUAACCUCAUGUUAGUAGGAAGAGAUUUGGCUUGAAAAAAUGGUAUUAUGUGACUUUUAAGACCUUUGAACGGUACAUUUAAAUGUUUUCUAAUCUGCCCGUUCGUAAUGAUUCUUAUGAAGUAUGCAGCUUUUUCUGUGUUAGCUGCAAAAUUUUAUGAAUCCAAAAUGGUUUCUUUACAAACGCAUGCAAAAAUUCAUAACUCUACCUAAAAAAGUAAGUAUACAGCUUCGGUUUUGGAGGCACUUAACCUGAAUAUAAUUUCAUGUCCGAAUUAAAAGGGUUCUUGGGUCGAGAUCUUUUAUAAAGCCCUAAAGUUGCCCCUUCUUCGAAUACGAAAUUGUAAGACGUUGUAAUUUGCUAUAAAAUGAGUACAAGUGAGGUCAUUUUUACGCGUUUUUUUAUAAAAUAUGUUUGAAUUUACAAUGGAAUAAAGUACCGAUAAAAGAAAACUGAAACAACAUAAGUAGUCAGCUACUACCGGACGAGGUUUUUAUAGGUUCCCGGAGGGAAGCGCACUCGGUCGAAAGUGCAUUUCAGAAUUUUGGUUAACAUUUCAUGGGAUCAGGAACUCACUGCAAGUAAUGAAAUGUCAUGAAAUUCGCACAGCAAUCCCUUCGACGCAUAUCCUACGAACCCUGCAUUUGCGAAAGUCCUAUUGCAUUAAUCAAAGGACUGUUAGUCAAAAAGAAGGCGCGGUUUGGUUUGUAAGUUUUUAUUUACUAGCAAACACAUUUUUACGAUAAGUCAAGAGUUGAAAACGAAUAUAUUGCAGGUUAAUUAUUAAAUGACUACGAGGAAGGGAAAUGUGACGAAAUGAGAACAUAACGACAAGGAAUAACAACUGCAAAUUAUUGUUACUUACUUUAUCGUCCUCUUGUGUGUAAGCCACUCGUAAGUUUGACGGACAUGGAAAGUAAAUAUUUGCCUAUGUUGGACUGAUCUGUACAAUUAUUAAACCCAAAACAAUCGUUACAUUCCAUGAAAGAGCGCUUUCUUGACUUGUUUCAGUUGCUUUUCAUCAAUGCAAAGAGAUUUUCGAUGGUAUUGUGGCCCGGUCUGUUGGCAGGAGUGAAGAUUUUUUGCAGGCCGCAAGCGGAAAUCUUGACUAUGGCCUAACAACUGAAUCAUAGUCGUAAGCUUUUUUAGAAAAAUGCCGCAUUCGAGCGGUAAAUAGGAGGAUUGUCCUGAAAAAUUAUGAUGCCCAUUCGCCGUCAGUGAAUGCCAUUAUACCCGAAGGCAUCCUCCUUGAUGUCUAUGAAAACCAUGAUAUUUAUGGCGUUCGUUGACAGCCGUCAGAGUAGGCGUUCAGUAGACUGGUGGCCAUCUAAAUCACCAGGUAUAGACAGUUCUUGAAAAUUGCACCAACCCGUCGUCAGACGACGGCAUUCCGAGAUAAUAUGAUGAAGAUAGAAGGCUCGUCGGAAAAAAUCGAGUUGUGCUCGUGAAUUGUCGAGCUGGUGACACCAACCCGUCAUCAGACGUAAUAAACAGAGGAGAAAGUAUGAUCAAACUAAAUUGGUUGGCAUGACAGGGCAGCCACUGACAGGCAAGCAAGUAAUGUAUGAAAUGGGGGUGGACACAUAAUUAGGCUAGGAUCUGUGGCGGGGAGAGGGAGGGGGAACUGUUGCGGUUCCCUGUGUUGGAGGGUAGGGGAGAUGAUGAUUCAAUGGGGCUACGGGCAGUGGACUUAAUGUUCGUCGAUCCGGCAUGCAGGCAGAGAUCAGUGAGCCAGCGUAGAGGUGUUAGGGAUUGCAGUUGCGGUUCGUUGUGUCUGGGGUAGGGGUGGCGAAAUUGUGCGAGUAUACAUGGCCGAGUAUGGGUUAGCGGCUGUUGUUAGGUCGUGGGCGCAAGUCAGUGAGCCGGGCAUGCAGACCUUCGUAAUGAGCGUGCAGAUCGACAUGGCGAUUGAUGCUGGUCGUGUUAGUGUUAGACUUCGAGGUGUUUGCCGUGGCAACAACUUCAGUUCCUUCCCAAUUGAAGCGAUGAUUGCAUUCAAGGGCGUGCGCAAACACGAGUGACAGAGGGUCACGUCGGUGGAUGGUUUGUUUAUGUUCGUUUAUACGCGUCCCGAGUCGUCGGCCUGUAUGACCAACAUAGUCGAAAGAGCAGUUAGCACACGGAAUGCGGUAGAUGACAUUGGUUUGCUGCUCUUUGGGUAUAGAGUCUUUUACCCCGGAUAGCGUUGUGUGCAGGGAGGACGUCGGCUUGUGGGCAAUGAAGAUACCAAAUCGAUUUAGUUGUCGGGCGAUCGCUUCGGAAAUGCCCUGCAUGUAGGGUAGAGAGAAAAAUUUUCGUAAUUCUGGUCCCUCAUUAGAACCAGCGCCUUGUGGUUGUCUCCGAUGCCUGAGAAAAUUUUUCACAAAACCGACUGGGUAUCCGUUGAGACGGAAUAACCGAGACAAGAAAGCGAGUUCUUUCUUAAGUGAACCAUCGCUGCUGCAGUAACGAUAGGCCAGGUGGAAAAGGGUUCCGACACAGCUCCUUUCAUGAGCCGCAGGACGGUUGCUUUCAUAAUUAAGAAUGACGUCAGCACCGGAGUCUUUUCGGUAGACGCUCGUUGCGAGACCGCCAUCGCUGAGAGUUUGGAUAAUAACGUCUAUAAACGGAAGAAUACCUCCUGUUGCCUCUUCGCGAGUAAACUGGGUAGCGGGGAAGGCGCUAUUCAGACUCAAAUGCAAUUGUUCAAUUUCGCAGGUCUUCAUGAUAACAAACGUAUCGUCUACGUAUCGGAGCCGCAUUUCUGGUUUAAAGGUUCGCAUAACUUCCUCUUCUAGUUGCUGCAGGACCAGUUCAGCUAGUAGACCUGAUAUCGGCGAGCCCAUUGGUUUACCCCUAACCUGUUGAUAAAACUUUCCAUCGAAUUGGUAUUAGUUCUUGAGACGGCGUCUUAGCACUUCUGAAAUGUAUUCUAUUGGAAUGUUGAUUGAAUUGUCUUGCAGGCGUCGGGUUACGCAUUCAAUCGCCAGGUCAUGCGGUAUUGAGGAAAACAGGGCAACUACAGCAAACGAUAGAAUACACUCAUCAGGACUUACUUUGAGGCCUUGGAUCUUCUGGAGGAAUGCGUGAGAGUUUUUGAUGCUAUAUUGUGAUCCAUCGGUGAGGUGCUCCAGGUGCCUAUAUAACCACUUAGCGAGGUUGUAGGUGGGCGAUCCCAUCAGCGGUACUAUGAUCCUCAAUGGCGUACCCUCUUUGUGCACUUUUGUGAGGCCAUAUGCAUGGGCUAUUCGGGUUUGUGUCACCAGCUCGAAAAUUCACGAGUACAACUCGAACUUUUUCGACGAGUCUUCUAUCUUCAUAUAUAUAUAUAUAUAUAUAUAUAUAUAUAUAUAUAUAUAUAUAUGAGAUGAUACCGACAAAGACAAGGGAGACCAGAAUGGCCAUUUCUGGCUUAUUAGCCGUCAUCUAUAUCUACUGUUAGUCGCUGUGCGACUGCCUGCGAGGGUUCUAGUAUGAGCCCCAAGGCACAACGGAACGAGCACGUUCCGUAACCUGAUCGGUGAGCGCCCACUGUCAUAAUUAAUAUUCCCGAUCACAACCGACAGGACAACGGGCCCGUGGCUCAAUGGUAGAGCGUUCAACUCCAUGACCAAAGAUCCCGGGUUCGAAUCUCAAGUGAUCCACACUUGGGGUUGGGUAUGACUGGCUGAUGACGGCUAAUAAGCCAGAAAUGGCCAUUCCGGUCUCCCUUGUCUUUGUCGGUACCAUCUCAUCUAUAUCUACUACUAGUCGCUGUGCGAAUGCCUGCGGGGGUUCUAGUAUGAGCCUCAAGGCACAACCGAACGAGCACGUUCCGUAACCUGAUCGGUGAGCGCCCACUGUCAUAAUAUAUAUAUAUAUAUAGGCAGAAUGGCGUUACCGACAAAGACAGAGGAGACUGAAAUGGGCAUUUCUGACUUAUUAGCCGUUUCCAGCCAGUUAUACCCAACUCCGAGUUGUGUAACGCCUGGGGCUCGAACUCGUGACCUGUUAGUUAGAAGUCCUACGCCUUUAACCACUGAACCACGGGCUUGUUUUCCCGUCGGUUUCGAUCGUAAAAAUAUAUAGUGGUGGAUGGGCGCUCACCGAUCCUUCUUACGGAACUCGUUCGUUCCGUAACGGAACGCAGAAGCUCCAAAAUUAAUUGUGGCUUCCACCAUGAUGCGUACUUUAAGGACUACCAAGAACAGCGCAGGCGGCACAGCCACUUAUAACGCAGUGAGUCAUUAAGGAAGCACGUUGUGUGCUCUUGCAACGGACUCCCCUCCCCCACACCCACUACCGCAGCACCUGUCUUCGCACUAUACCUCAGAUGCUCUGACAAAAGCCCUUUCAGACCACCCUCGCAUCGACUAAAACUUCCUGCCAACAUUCACGAGGUUGGAUCCUUCCUUCCUAUGAACUCAUAGAGCUCACGCGCCACACCCUCAGUCGUUUUAUGUGACAACGAAUUAUCGGCUGACAGAUCGAAGAGUCAAGAGUUAACUACUGAUUCUCCGAAAAGCGUUCGCUUUUUUCAACAUUAUCUCCGAAUGGCGACCACGACGAGCUUAGGAUGAAUAGCAUUUUACUUAAUUUUGCGCAGGUUUAAUUCUUAUUAGCAGCGGGAAGUAAUCGAAAAGACACAGGUCAGAAGUAGUGUAAAAUUUUAAAUUCAGGACUUCUGCGAGUUCGAAAGACGGAGACUGGUCCAGCAAUGGAAUCAUUUAUGUAUUUUUGGGGUUUUUGACCUCGCAGAGGAAUCCGUCGUCAGAGAUAACAGCAGUAACAGAACGAUUAUUGUUAUGGAGUUUUUUCGCCUAUCAGAAAUCAGUGCUGCGGGUCUGGAGGCGACUGCCGAGGGUCUUUAUGGAGGAGCCAGAUCGAUAAAUCAAUUAAUUAAGUUCUUAUCUGAGGCCCAGGCUUCAACCAGUUCUCGAUUAAUCUUGUUUUCGGCUCCAACGAUUAUCCUGAUGGUUGCGAAGUCAAACUCGUGACUCUUUUCAAAGAUACGGGCGGAAAUUUGCCAUAUUUUGUCCCCGUUUUUGUUUUUAUCUCUGGAAGUCUACUCCUGCGUGAUUUCGAAAACCCAAACAAACAGCUUCGGGCGCCAUAUCAGUCACCUUCUUCCUUACUCAUACAUACACCUGGAAUUUUAACAUUCCCCUCCAUUCAUAUCUUCUGUUUGUCUCGGGAGUAAAUUUAAAAUUGUGUGGUCUUACAGUCUUAAAUGGGUUUCCUAACCAGCCCCCUUUCAGAUAUACUUGCUCAGUAAUCUUGUUAUCAUUUGCUUUCCCGCUUAAAACGCAUGAAGGAAAGGCAAAAAUGCUGAUAAGUCGAAGUGCGUUGUUUUAAUUUCUUCAGAAAUUGGUGCCUAAACUUCGAAUAAGCACUUUUGCACAGGCCUAUUCAAGUUCAGAGAAGAAGUCGAUACAGAUAUUUGGGCCUAGUUCCGUCAGUUUUAUACUCGAAGUAGCGGCUGACUUGGUUUGAAAGUUUUUCAUUUCUCAAAUAAUUUCGGAACUGCUUCAUUUGGGAUCGGGGUUUCUAAACUGCAAAUUGCACACUUUCUUUUGAAGCAAGACCAUACAUUCCGGUAUGCUAUUAGGGAGACCCUCUGUCGGGUUCGAAAAUUUUUUCAAUGAAUAUGAGCCACGCUGUGUACUUAUUAGCAAACGCUCAGCUACGAUACUAUUACAGAAGACAAUUCGUAGUGUUAAAAAAUCUGGAAAAAUCUUAUUUCGUAGCCGUACCUGUUAGGGACUAGGCCUAGGUGUUAUAAGUUGGGGUUAUGGGUUGGGAGUCAGGGAUUGUGGCUAGGAGUUGGGUGUCAGGGUUAGGGGUUAGGGGUCAGGGUUAGGAGUUGGGGUUAGGACUAGGAGCUAAGGUUAGGUGUUGGGGGUAGGGGGUUGACCAGGGUUUGUCCACUGCUGGUAAGGCUGCAAAAUAAGAUCCGACCAAAAAAUCCGAUAAUUAUGAAUGUCACGAAUGGAAGAGAAUAUGCGCAUUCCAGGUUCUUGUUUAAAAGAAGGCGAAGGCACGAUCACUGGGGCAGUAGGUUUAUUUGCCUGAGCUUUCGAACUCGAACUAGAGUUCAUCAUCACAGGCUACUCGAGUGCAGCAAAUUGUGAACAUUUAUAUCGUUCAUCCUUGCGGGCGGGGGAGGGGGAGUACGUCCGUGGCUAGGUAGGGUUUGUGCCGCCUGGUUCACGAUGUUCCCCCGGCGUGGUGACGCCGUUUGUACUUCGCGACGGUGUUAGCUGCGCCACCUGGCUGCGUGGGCGGAGCGCGUGAUAACACGCCGGCAAAUCGAUGUGUCUGUUGAUGGAGUUGGUGUCCGACACCCACGCCUCCAACAGCUCUCGCCCUGUCUUGUUGCCGGCUCGCGCCAAUAUCCGCGUGUUGGCGAAAUCAAACUCAUGCCCUUCCUCCAGCGUGUGAGUGGCUACUUGAGACAGUGGGUCGCCUCUCCGAACGGCCCGUUUCUGCUCAAGUAUUCGUGAGCUCAGACGUCGUCCUGUCUGGCCUGUGUAGUGGCAAGGACAGUUUUGGCACGGGAUUCGAAUGUCUUUUGUUAUGCAUGUUUCGUUCUUUGUGUAAGUGUUUCGCUUCAUCAUGGGCGUCCCGGCAUCCCCAUUUGGUUCCUGGUGUACGUGCUCCCAAUUUUUCAGCUCUGACCAUUUCGAUGAGAUUUCUCAAAGUUAUCCCUGUCCAUCCAUUUUGAUGGUGUCUGUUUGGAUUAAAACAAAACCGAUUGUGCUUGCCGCUGCUGACCCAAUUUUGCAAAUAGCAGCGCAAAAAAUGAGUGGGCAACGAUGGCGUGUAGGACCUCCAAGUGGAUGGCAACUCCAAAAAUAUACCCUGCAAUUCAGUGUCACAGUAAACAACACUCAUUAUUCACCGUUCCCAUUGUUUGAAAUUUCCUUCCUGACAAAAUGUAAAUUUACCAGCGGCGCUUUAUUCAAAGUCCGUUAUUUUUUGAAAAUUGUUUUUUUUUAAAUUAUUUUUUAAUUAUCGUGCUCAAUUUCCUUGCCAGAUGACAGCGUACAAUAAGACGUUCGGCAGAAAUUUAUCCAUUUUCGCGCUGACUUUCUUUGCCAAAUGACAGCGUGCAGAAAGACUUUCGGUAGAAACUUAUCGAUUUUCUGCGUCUUCUUGCCCUUCGUCCUGUGUGCCACCUCAUCCCUAAAAUCCCCUGUACAACCAUUCAACUUAUGGCACGGUCCGCAGGCCAGCUCAAGUUAGUUUUCGGUCCUAUAACUUAUUAUUGCCAGGGAGCGGAGUAUUGCAAUGACAUCGGACCACCCGUUACUACCAGAGCAUAGUUCCUUCCUGAAGCGUGUAGAAAUAGAAAACCCUGCAAAGUGGACUUAUUAAAAGCACACAUAAAUGAAACAAGUCGACAGGAAGGAAACCAUUUUGCCGCUAGAAGGGCAGAAGCGAAUUCUUAAAAGUAGUUGGGAGAGUGGGGACACAAUCGCUGCAGCAGGAGCUUUGUUCGCCUCGCGUUUCGAACUUCCAUUCAAAUCCAUCUUCCGAGACAUAAUCAGAGGGGUGCACAUAUGUUUCGGUAUUUAUAGGAUGAAGUCGCUAUAUGACAGCAGGUCUGUCAAAACCGACAGCUCACUCACUCAUCGCGGGUGGCUACACCUGCUUGUCCACAGCAGAGUCGUUUCUCACCGAACUCUCAACACCCGUGUGGAACGGCCACUGCUCCCGGUCCCAGUGUCUGUGAGUCAAAUGGCCUAAAAACUCGAGUCGGGUAGCGAAAUUUCUACAAAUCGGCUGUUACGGAUGCAAGAGCGGACGAUUCGGAAAGGCAUGCAGGGGCUUAACAGCUCUAUCCUUUAAAUACAGAAGGUGGGCUAACUCAUAAAAUGACAACCUAAAUUCCGAAAUACGUUUUCGUUUCGAAAAGAUUAAUUAAGUAGGGUUGUAGAACUAGUCAGCCUGCAACAUAAUUCUAUAAUAGGUCAGUUACCACAGGAUGCCGGCUUUCGAAAGCAUUUCUUUCCGGCUGCAUGCAAAAACUAUCCUCUGUAAAAAAUGACUGCUUAAGUAGCAUGCAUUUUUCUCACUGAUUUUCUAAGUUCUUGAAAUUUCAAUCAUAGUUCAUGGAAAAAAUGCAAAAAACAUUCAUCCUUUUACUCGUUCGGUAGAAAAUUACGUCCGUUUUUAAUUUUAUACUCAAAGGAGGGUUCUUAUUCAGUUUUUAAAAACUUUUCCAAUUGCCGAAUAAUUUUGAACUCGACCUGCCGUUAAACUUGCAUUCAGGAUUCCCAAACUACAAGCUGCAUAUUUUCCGCGUACGCAAAACCGUAAAUUUCCCUACAGUAUUAAGAAGAGAUAAUAUGGGGUUCGUGAAAUUUAGCAGUGGAUUUGGGCUAUAUCGGUAAAUUCACGAGUCACAUGACAGCACUUUUUGUGAAUGAACAUUUUACGGUAUUAAAAAAAUCUCACAAUUUGGGACUUUUUUAAAACCGAACUAUACACAUCCUUCGAGUAUAAACUUGAAAGAAGACGUAAUUUCCUAUUGAAUGAAUAAGACAAUAAUUAUUUCAUGCAUGUUUUCCAUUAAAUAUAAUUGUGACUUUUAGGGGCAUCGAAAUCGAUAAGAAAAAUGCAAGCUUCUUAAGUAGUCAUUUUUACAGAGGAUAUUUUUGCAUGCAGCCGGAAAGAAAUGCUUUAGAAAGCUGGCAUCCUGAGGUAACUGAAAUAUUAUAGAAUGGUGUUGCAGGCUGAUUAGUUUUACAACGCUACUUGAUUAAUUUUUUCUAAACGGAAACGCAUUUCGGAAUUUCGGUUGGCAUUUCAUGAUUUAGCCCACCUAACAUACUUCGGCGCCGGCAAAACUCACAAUCCUCAUCCGAUCUCGUCUCUCAGGAUGGACUUCCGUUCGGAUCCGAAACGUCAGGCAAAUAAAGCCUAUGCAUCAGCCAUCAGGAAAACUCCUUGUAUCCUCGAUAUUCGUAUCUAGGUCAUUUUCUAAAUCGAGCUCGUCAUGAGCACCCAAAGAAGCAAAUCAAAACGAGCAAGGUAAUAGGUUCUUAUCGUGAUCGCUGACCCAGUAAUCAGUAACGUGUUUCACCUCUCCCUGGGGAUAAUAAUUUCGAGUCUUAUCUGUGGCUUGAACUUUAGCACGGACGUAUUUGGACUAAUCUGUGUGACCGAUGAAGCCUUAGACACCGUGAAAACUCGCUACUGGAUCCUGCAGACACUGACACGUAUGAGACAAACAUGAUGUGGUCUAGCAUCACCAAUUCACUUCAACUGCUCGCAUGUCCAUGGGAUUCAUAGCACAUCCUUGAAACUAGGACUUAUGUUCCUUGCGUUGACUUGCAUGCUCGUGGAUGUAUGUGAUGUCAGAAUGUUCUAUUUCCCUUCUCCUUCUCUCCAAAGACUGCAGGGGACAGUCCAAAAGGCGUGACAAACUCUCAGCCCACGGAGGAUUUUUUCAAUUUUUCAUUCGGCAGUAACGACAAUCGAUUCCCCAGUGGUCCCCAGCCCAUCACUCAACAGCCAGUCUCAGACCCCUUGCCCUCCGGUGACGCUACUGUCGAAAACGAAAUGGGUUCAAAGCCCUCAAAUCAGGCUAUACCGCCACCGGCAGUACCACCACCGAAGCCCAAAACCACCGCCCUGAGGAUAGCGAAGAACACCACUACCAGCACAAAGGCGCCCAAAACCACUGCCUCCACGAAACAACCAGCCCAGAGUAAGAUGGACUUAAAAGCCUCGACUCAGGCUCCGCCACCGCCGCCGCCACCGCCACCACCGGCAGUAGCGGAGACACGACCAGGGGAAAAACCUGAAACCCCUCACCCGAAUGCAGCGCAGGAUACUGCCACCAGCAAAAAGACGCCCCCGCUGCCCACCACCGCUACCAAACCGGCAGAGGCUGGUUCACGGACACCACUUCAACAGCCCGAUGGCUUGGCUGCUGCCGUGGCGGAGGCUGCAGCUUCUCGAAGGGGCAUCCUUAAGAAGACGCCCAAAGAUGGAGACAAGGCGGCAGGUGAGGCUGCAGCUGUGAAAGAAGGGAAGGAGAAGGCCAAGAGUCCCAAGAAAGGAGACUCGAAAAGGACAGAGGAGAAGGAAGAGGACGUGGAGAAAAGGAAGAAGGUUAAGGAUGAGCAGAAAGGAGAUAGCGAUGUGGAUAGCGAUAGUGAUGGUGACUCUACUGACAGUGACUCAAGUGACAGUGACGAUGAUGACGACGACGAUGACAGUGACUCCAGCGACAGUGACUCCAGUGACAGCGACUCCAGCAACAGUGAUUCUAGCGGCAGUGACUCGAGCGAUAGUAACUCUAGUGACGAUGAUGAUGAUGAUGAUGAUGAUGAUGAUGAUGAUGAUGAUGAUGAUGAUGAUGAUGAUGAUGAUGAUGAUGAUGAUGAUGAUGAUGACAGCGCUGAAGAUAGCAGUAAUAGUGAUGAGGAUGACGAAAGCGAAGUCGGCAAAGGAAAGAAUGGCGAAAAAGAAAAGGACAAGUCCAAGGAAAAGAUGAAGUCCGAAGUGCUGAGGAAGAAAGAUGGACAAAAAUGA